AUGGAAUCUCGUCGUUUCAAUCGUGAACGACUCAAUCUUGAGUCACAUCAGUUAGUCUGUUACGACACCUACUAUCAACAUGCUACUGAGAGAAACUUCACUCUGACAGAGCUACGUCAGAUCAUUGACUACACUAAAUUCUUCGACAAUAGUAAAUCCUGUAAACGCUAUCUAGAAGAAACUCAGCACAUUGUGUCCUUCCUCAUUUGCUCAGACAAUACCAGUGAACAAUUGAUUCCUGAGGUUUACGAACUACCCAACGUUCGCUUCAUCUACAUAUACUCUCAGCACAAAGAAUAUGAUCAACAGUGGAUGAACAAGUACAUGAAGAUCAAACAAGUUUACACUGAUCGUAAAUCUCUACUUCAGGCAAUUGAGAGCGACGUCAAGAAGUAUCUAGAAAAGGAAAAGAAUGGCCUAUUUGGUAACUUCGACAAACAGGACAGAACCACAGAGUCCGGAUCUGCUUCAUGGUGGGUGACAUUCAUGGAUGCCCUCUGUUAUUUACCCUAUCCAAAAGAGACGUGCCAUCAGCAUCUCAUUGCUGAAUUACGAAACUACUACGCAGACAAAGCCGCAGAGUUACGCACCAUCGAUGAGUUUGAACACGAAUAUACUCCCGAGAAAGCGAUCUGGUGGUACACACGGGACACCUUCUUUUUCCGUUUGAUCAACAAAGCAAAUCGGCAACAUCACGUCGGAGUGAUGUUUGCAUUCGGUUACUACAUCAAAGAUUUAUUUCUCCAAUUAAAGAAAGAACACGAAGCUUUCAAAAUCAAAAGCAUGGAUAACGCGCAAGUAAAAGUAUUUCGAGGACAGAUCAUGUCCGAAGAAGAAGUUCAAAUGUUGAAAUCUGCUUAUAUGGUAAGAUUAACUAGUUUCCUAUCAACAUCACUCAAUCGCCGUUUGGCGCUUAGUUUCCUUCCGGCCGAAUCUGCAGUGACCGGCGGUAAUGUCCGAGUACUGUUAGAAAUUAAUCUGAACACGAAACAUAACUCGAAGCCAUUCGGGAAUAUUUCUCAUUUGAGCGAAUUCUCUGGAGAAGAUGAGGUACUGAUGAUGAUUGGAACGUUUCUCCGUGCUCGCCGCACUUAUUACAGCGAAGAAGACAAGAUGAUCAAAGCAAUCAUGACACUGGAAAAUGAUUAUAUCUUGCCAUUCGAGGAUAAACACAUGAGUCUAAAAGCAUGUGUUAGUAUCAUUGCUGCAGAUGUGUGCAAAACAGCUCCAGAGCAAGAGAUUAACAAUAUCUUCGAUGAACUAGACGAAUUAUUUCCUUUGGAGAAAGAAUGGUUGAAAGCUGAAAGAUUCAGAGCCUUAGGUGGAUGUCAAACAGAAUAUAAUCAAGAAAAUUACAGCGCAGCGCUGAACUAUUAUAAGCAAGCGCUUGAAUUAUGGCAAGCGUGUCAUGGUGACAAUAGUGUCAACAUUGCCAAUCUUCAUCUGCAAAUUGCCCGUCUGUACAUGUAUCACUUAGAAGACGAUAGACUCGCUCAGGAAUAUUAUCUGUCUACAAUAAGGAUUUGCGAAACUGCUCUGACUCAUUUAAAAGAUGACGAAAGGCAAAAAGCGACAUUGUAUCAUAUUUUAUCGAUGGUUCAUCUUGACAUGGCAGAGAUGGCGGAUGAAAACGAGGAACAAAAAGCCGCUCUUCACUAUGAACAACUACAGCUUCAGGCGCUGCUGAAAAUAUGUUCGCCUACCGACAGAGAACUAGGGCAAUGUUAUCAGAGUAUUGCAGUGAUGCAAGAAGAGAAGGGUCUUUUCGAAGACGCUCUGAUAAACUACAAGGAAAGUUCAAAGAUCUACACUGGGUUGAAUGAUACCGAAACCUUGUCUCGCGUUUAUCAACGUAUAUCUCGCAUCUACGAAAAUCAUUUCAAUGAUCUCUCAGCAGCACUGAAAUAUCGAUUGUUGAAGCAUGAAGCAACUGUCCAGAGUAGCGAGAUACUUCCAUUUCACGAUUCUCUCGAAAUCGAAGAUAAGAAGCAUUGUGUAAUCCAGAGUCAUCUACAGUUGGCCGAUAUUCAACUCAAGUUACGCGAUUUUGAAGCAGCUCGUGCAAGCUUAUCAGCAGCUAAGCAACUGUAUGAAGAUAUGAACUGGGAGAAGCAAGCGAAAAGUAUCGAGACACAACUCUCUGACGUCGAUCGCCUUGAACGAGAAUCUAAAUAG